AUGGCUUCAGUCGCUCGUCUCAGCAACGCUGCCCUCCGGGCUUCCCUCCGCUCCUCUCCCGUUAACGGCUCUGCCUUCAACGCCAUUCGAUGCUACUCCGCCAAGACCCAGACCUUGAAGGAGCGAUUCGCCGAGCUCCUGCCCGAGAAGAUUGAGCAGGUCAAGGCCCUCCGAAAGUCAGUCGCAUUCUCCCUCGGUUCAUUGUUGGCCGAAGCUUGGAUCCACCCUGAGCCUCAUGUCUACUUUGCGAAUCGAGGGGAGCAUGGUUCCAAGGUCAUCGACAAGGUCACUCUUGACCAGGUUUACGGUGGUGCCCGUGGCAUCAAGGCCCUCGUUUGGGAGGGUUCCGUCCUCGACUCUGAGGAGGGUAUCCGAUUCCGUGGCAAGACCAUCCCCGAGUGCCAGGAGCUUCUCCCCAAGGCUCCCGGUGGCAAGGAGCCCCUUCCUGAGGGUCUCUUCUGGCUUCUCCUGACUGGUGAGGUCCCUACUGAGCAGCAGGUCCGCGACCUCUCCGCUGAGUGGGCUGCCCGCUCCGAUCUCCCCAAGUUCGUCGAGGAGCUCAUCGACCACUGCCCUACCGACCUCCACCCCAUGGCUCAGUUCUCCCUGGCCGUUACUGCUCUCGAGCACACCUCCAGCUUCGCCAAGGCCUACGCCAAGGGUAUCAACAAGAAGGAGUACUGGGGCUACACCUUUGAGGACUCUAUGGACCUCAUUGCUAAGCUCCCUAACAUCGCUUCUCGCAUCUACCAGAACGUCUUCAAGGGCGGAAAGGUCGCUGCCAUCCAGAAGGACAAGGAUUACUCCUUCAACUUCGCCAACCAGCUUGGCUUCGCCGACAACGCCGACUUCGUUGAGCUUAUGCGUCUUUACCUGACCAUCCACACCGACCACGAGGGUGGUAACGUCUCUGCCCACACCACUCACCUUGUCGGCUCUGCUCUCAGCUCCCCCUUCCUCUCUCUCGCUGCUGGUCUCAACGGUCUUGCUGGCCCCCUCCACGGUCUCGCUAACCAGGAGGUCCUCAACUGGCUCACCGAGUUCAAGAAGUCCGUUGGCGAUGACCUUAGCGACAAGGCCAUCACUGACUACCUCUGGUCCACCCUCAACGCCGGCCGUGUCGUCCCCGGUUACGGCCACGCCGUUCUCCGAAAGACUGACCCUCGUUACAUGGCUCAGCGCACUUUUGCCCAAGAGAAGAUGCCCAACGACCCCAUGUUCAAGCUUGUCUCUCAGGUCUACAAGAUCGCCCCCGGUGUCCUCACUGAGCACGGCAAGACCAAGAACCCCUACCCUAACGUUGACGCCCACUCCGGUGUCCUCCUCCAGUACUACGGUCUCACUGAGGCUAACUACUACACCGUCCUCUUCGGUGUCUCCCGUGCCAUUGGUGUCCUUCCCCAGCUCAUCAUUGACCGCGCUCUCGGUGCCCCCAUCGAGCGACCCAAGUCUUUCUCCACUGACAAGUGGGCUGAGCUUGUCAAGAAGCUGUAA